GAUUUAUUCUGCUAGCAGCGGGGAGACAUUAUGAAACUGCAAAACGUUUCAGGGAUCUCAUUUCUAAAGGCGGCAUAAGAGCAAAACACUGACUGGAAAUGGUGAGACAGCAUGUCUGAAUAACCGUGGCAGCAAUGCCUCCGUUUCUAACAGUUCUCCUAAAAGUAAUAAAAAUAAUGCAUUUUAAUCAGACGGUGUCUUUCAGGGCUUUUCUAAUUCUACAUGUGAUUAUUCAUGACUGAUGAACACAGCAGAGCUUCUAGUCGGAAACUGAAGGCUGACCAGCAAAAACAGGAAGCCGCUCAGUCUCACCACUAAGAAGAAACUAUGACACGCAGACAACAGGACCUGUUUUCCAUUAGACCAGCUGUGGUUUGCUUUCAAAUGGUAUACAAACACCUGCUAUGAGUCAGAGCUGGGAGCCUUUAUGCAAUCUGAAGCUGAGGUUUAAAAUGUCAAAGUGAAAAAAUGCUAAAAUCAAACUAUUUGAUCUGUGUUCAGCAGGACCCAAUGGCUCUGAAACAAAUACUGUUUGAGACCCUGCAGCAGCUGGGAGAUGAAGAAUUUCGUAGCUUUAAGUGGUUCCUGCAGCAGUCGGAUGAGCUCGAUGGUCUUCCAGUCAUCCCAAAGAGUCAUCUGGAGAACGCAGACCGACAGGAGACGGUGGAUCAGAUGGUGCAGAAGUACAACCACCUGGCUGUGCAGGUGCUGAAGAAGAACCUCCAGAAGAUCUACAGAAAUGACCUCCAGGAUCAGCUGGCAAACAUCCACAGAGACAUGGAAAAUCCACAAUCUGUUGGAAGCCACAAAGAAAGGCUGCAAUCAAACCUCCAGGACACAUUCAGGUGUAGACAUGAAGGGUGGAGUUCAAAAAGGAAUACAGUCAGUUUAGACGAAGGCUACACUGAGCCGUGCAUCACAGCAGGAGACCGGCCCGCCUCCAGGUUCAUCAGAAGGAUUGAAAUGGCGUUUGGAGAGCCGUCUGAACCAAACAUCAGCAACAUAUUCACACACCGGUCAGGAACAAAGACCAACGUCAGAACAGUGAUGACCAGCGGAGAGGCAGGAGUGGGAAAAACCUUCUUGGUUCACAAAUUUGUUCUUGACUGGACAGAAAACAGAACCAGUCAGGAUGUUCAUCUGAUAUUUCCCCUCAACCUGGUGAAUUUCCCAAGGCAGGAGACACUCAGUCUGUCUGAACUGAUCCACACGUGUAUUCCUGGAACUGCACACAUGACAAAGGAGGAACUCAACCGCAUCUUCACGUCACUGCAGACAUCAGGAAACUCUAAUUUUGAUAAGAGCGAAUAUAAAAUCAUUUUUGUACUGGAUGGGCUGGAUGUGAGCCAACUUCCUCUGGACUUCACUGCUGCAGAAAAACUGCCGGUUGAUGUGACCAGAGCUGCUCCAGUGGGAACGCUGGUGACGAACCUGAUUCGAGGGCAUCUGCUUCCCUCGGCUCGCCUCUGGAUCACCACGCGACCUUCAGGCGCCGGCCAGAUUCCUCCUGAAUUCAUCGACAUGGAGACAGAGCUCCGAGGUUUCUCUGAGCAGCAGAAGGAAAAGUACUUCAGAAGGAGAUUCAGAGACGAAGAGCAGGCCUGCAGGGUCGUCUCCCACGUCAGGGUGUCACCGAGCCUGCGGUACAUGUGCCAUGUCCCAGUCUUCUGCUGGAUCACUGCUGGAGUUCUGCAGGCCGUGUUAAAGACCAGCACUGGAGGAGAACUGCCCAGUACUUUAACUGGGAUUUACAUUGAGAUCCUCAUGGCUCAGAUCCAAACCAUGAAACAAAAGUUUGGCAAACCAAGAAGCUUGAAGUACCUGGAGACCUUGAUGAAACUUGCUUUCAACCAGCUAGAAAAUGGUGGCCUGUCAUUUUCUGUGGAAAGCAUAAAGGAGGGCGACGUUAACAGCUUCGAUGAUUUUUCUGCAUAUCCAGAAGUUUUCUCACAGUUCUUCAAGGAGGAGCAUUGUCUGAAGAUGAGUGGAAAGAAAGUGUUUAGCUUCCUCCACUGGAGCAUAGUUGAGUUUCUGGCUGCUCUGUUUGUCGUCUCCCGCAUUGGAAACAAACCAAAAACUGCUUUCCCAAUUCCAGGCUUCAUUUACAGCCAAAAGCAGGAGACCUUCUAUGAAAUCAUCGACAAAGCCGUAAAGAGUUCAGAUGGACACCUGGACACAUUUCUUCGCUUUCUCCUUGGUCUUUCUCUGCAAAGAAGUCAGCUUCAUCUUGAAGAUCUACUGCCGCAGACAGGAAGUAGCUCACAGAGCGGACAGCUGACUGUUGAUCAUGUUAAAAAUAAAAUCAGAAACAGCCCUUCUCCAGAAAGAAAGAUCUCUCUGUUCCCAUGUCUGAAUGAGCUGAUGGACGGUUCUGCAGUCGAUGAGGUCCAGCAGUUCCUGAAAUCAGAAACAGGAUCCGUGGAUGAACCGUCUCAUUGGUCAGCGCUGCUCUUCAUAUUACUUUCAUCACUAAAAGACCUACAUGUGUUUGACCUGAAGAAAUACUUCCCUUCAGAAGAGACUCUCCUUGCUCUCCUGCCAGUGGUUAAAACCUCCAAGACAUCACUGCUGACCGGCUGCAGCCUUUCAGAGAGAAGCUGUGCAGCUCUGUCCUCAGUCCUUAGCUGUCGGUCCUGCGGUCUGAGGAAGCUGGACCUGAGCAACAACGACCUCAGAGAUUCAGGAGUGGAGCUGCUGGCUGCGGGGCUGAAGAGUCCUGACUGUAAACUGGAAACUCUCAGGCUCAUCUGCUGUAACUUGUCAGAGGGAAGCUGUGGGACUCUGUCCUCGGUUCUUGGAUCAGAGUCCUGCAGUCUAGAAGAGCUGGACCUGAGCAGCAAUGACCUGCAGGACUCAGGACUGCAGCUCCUAUCUGCAGGACUCAGCAGUCCACACUGUAAACUGGAGACAUUAAGGGUCUGUGACUGUAAGCUGUCAGAAGAUGCUUGUGAUGCCCUCACGCUGCUGGAGUUACGUAGCCUGAGACAGCUGGACCUGAGGAGCAACGAGCUGGGCCCAUCAGGAGAGGAGCUGUGUCAAAGAUGUACACAAAUAACUAUUUGGACUCAGAACAUCUCUCUGAGGGGAAUGAUCUCUAAAAGUGUUCUGAUCCAGUCAGGAUGUCCUUCUGUCUAUCAGCUUGCAGUAGAAAAAGAGAAGUCUGGACCUUUGACCCGAGUCACUGUUGGUGAGAAAAAAACGGAUGAGAUGAACAGAAAAAUUGUACUUAUUGGUGAAGCAAGAGCAGAAAAAUGUGCUGUGAUAAACGCUCUGUUGAACUACAUGAUAGGAGUCAGGUUUGAUGAUGAAGUCUGGUUCCGGGUCACAGAGGAGGAAGGACAUCAGGCAACAGAAGGGAUGAUUUACGAGAUCUUUGGUUUUGAAGAUAAAUCUCUGCCCUGCCCUCUGACCAUCAUUGAUGCUGGACAUGAAGGCACUGAGAGAGACGCCGUUUUCAGAGAACGGCUAUCAGACGUCCUGCAGGUGGAGGACAGGGCAGCAGCUGUUGUGUGCCUGGUGCUGAACGCAGCUGACGCUCUGCAGAGCAGCCGACUGAAGCACACGUACGACUCAGUCAUGUCUCUGUUUGCAGAACGAGAGGACAAAUGCACAGUCAUUUUAAUCACAAACUCAGAUGGACAAAAUCACAGCAACAUCAUCCAAGAUCUGGAAACUACACAAAUUAAAUUUCUUAGAAAUGAAAAGAAGGAGCCAUUUUACUUCCUGUUUAAUAACCGGCAGCAUGAAGACCGGACCGGAAAUACCGACGAGCUGGAGCAGGCUUAUAAAUUAUCAGAGAGGGAACUCUGGAAGUUCACAGGUUUUCUGAAAGAAGCCGAAGGUCGAAUGGUUUUGGCAGCAGUUGAAGAGCUUCAUGAGCACGGCCGACUUAAAGCCGGCAUCCAGAACCUGCAGGACAGAAUCCAGCUGACGGAUUUAAAGGCAGCAGAACUCAAACAGAUUCAAAAAGCUCUGCAGAACCAUGCAGAAGAGAAGAAAAGCAAUGAAAGCUUCUCUGUAGAAAUGGAUGUAGUCUAUAAAGAUACAGAACCCAUCAAGGGUGGGAAAUGGUUGUGGUUUUUUUAUGACGGCGCCCUCUGCUGCACCGUCUGUGAAGAAAACUGUCAUUAUCCUGGAUGCACAGUCGCCAAGACACCAGAAGACUGUGAGGUGAUAAAAGACGGUUUCUGUGCUGUUUGUACCAACAAGUGUCCCGUUUCAGCUCAUGUGAAAGAAGAGUGGAGGUAUGUGACCAAAACAAAGAGAGUUGAGACGACGCUUCUGGAUGUGAGGAAGAAGUACGAAAGGAAUGAGACGGAAAGUGAGAAGAAUAUCAGCCUGUUAGAUCAUCUGGAAGAGGAAAUAAGACAUCAGAAAGCAAAGAAGUCCCAGAUCAUUGAUGAGAUCUACAAACAUGUUGUCAGACUGCAGCAGAUUGACCUGAAGGAGGAUCCAGCAUCCGCAUAUCUGGACCUACUGACAGAAAAUGGAGACGCAGAGAUGGUGCUGAGACUGGAGGGCCUGAGAAAACAAGAAAAUGCUGAAUGAGCAGCUGGAAGGUUCUGAUCUGUUCAAUUACUGCCGGCAAGUAAAACCAAAUUAUGGUCCAUUUUAACAAGCUACCAGUCAAAAGUUUACAAUGUCUCAGAGUGGAAGAAAUGGAAGAAUACCAAAUAUUAAAUGUCAUGUCUGGAAGGUUUCACUGAGAUGAUUCUGCAGUGAAAAUCUUUCUGAGUUUCCUCUAUGCAGUGUGUUGCAGUAAAGAACUGAAAUCUA